AUGUUCAAGCAUUAUCAGGCAGCUGUGAAGAGAGUCAUGGCUGAAUUAUCCAACAACGAGUUGGAGAAGGUGAAGGAAACAGCUGAAGAAUGGUCCAACAACUUUCCUCCUCCUGAGAUACAGGCACAAGUUGCUCACAAGAAGGGACCUGUGUAUAUGGAGCACUUUUCAAAGGAGAUGUGGAGGCAAUGCAGGAUGAGAGUGUUUGUGAUGUCAGCUUGGAAGAAUGAACAGGGAGAGGUGCUGUUCAGGAUGCACGAUGAUAAUGAGGCAUUAGGAGAUGGGGACAGCUUCAUGAAGACAAAGGACUGGGAGGACAUCGAGCCAGUUUGGCAGGAGUACAUGCAGGAACAGUUCAAUGAAGGGAGGUUGAAAAAUAAUCAGAAAGCCUGCUUUCAAACUGGAAACCGACAGAGAUGGGAUGCCAUUGCUUCUGGACAUUACCAAAAUGAAACUCAAGGAGAAGAAGGCCAUAGUGAGGGCAUUUCUUACAUCGCACUAUCGAGUGACAAGGCAGUCAUGCCAUGGAGUGCCAUCAUACAAAGUCAGGAUGACUUUGUGGCAAGGAAGUAUAUUCCGGCGGAUGUGGACUUGAAGGAGCCUUCCAAGUUGCAAAAUUGGGACACUAUGGCCUUACUCAAUUUCUGGCAUGCUCAGCAGGAGAAAGGUGAAGGACCAACAUUCCUGUUCAAAGCAUGGAAGAACAAAGACAGAGACAUGGUAGCAUCAGUGGUGUCUGGGAAUUCACCUUCUCAUCAGACUUGUAAAGUCAGAAAGCAGAUGAUCUGA